AUUGCAUGACUGAACCUCCAAGAUUUCACUUAUAUUUAAUCUGCGACCAGACAAUCCCCAUUCAAAACUGGUAGCUUUACUAAACACACAGAACCUCCCAAAAUCCUUUAAUGGGUUUCACUUUUGGAUCCGGGUUUCCUUUGCCCUUAAGCCUCGGCCAGGCUGUAGGCGUGGGGCUUCUGUUCUUCAUCGCUUUAACUUAUCUGGUCAGUAAGAGCCGAAGGAACCGGCUUCCACCAGGGCCACGGGCAUGGCCGGUCAUUGGCAGUCUUCCUCUGUUGGGCACCAUGCCCCAUAGCUCUCUUUAUCAGCUGUCAAAGAAAUAUGGACCUCUCAUGUACCUCAAGCUUGGGACUACUGAUACUGUGGUGGCUUCUUCACCUAAAGUAGUGGAGGCUUUUCUGAAGACAAAUGAUCUGAAUUUCUCCAACAGACCCGGAAAUGCCGGUGCCACAUACAUUGCUUAUGAUUCUAAUGAUCUGGUCUGGGCUCCCUAUGGGAAUCGCUGGCGUAUGCUAAGAAAGGUGUGUAAUAUUCAUUUGUUUGCAGGAAAAGCGCUUGAAGAUAUGCAGCCCGUUCGCCAAUUGGAGCUCAGCCUUCUGGUUAAGUCGUUACUUGCUCAUGGGCAGCGUGGGGAGUCCGCCAAUUUGGGGGAACUCAUGAACGUCUGUACUGCUAAUGUUCUCGGCCAGGUGAUGUUCAGCAAGCGCGUGUUCGAAUCGCAGGGGGCGAAGGCCAGUGAGUUCAGAGAGAUGGUGAUAGAGUUGAUGGUUUUGGCUGGAGUGUUUAAUAUUGGCGACUUUGUACCCUCCUUGGCCUGGCUUGACUUGCAGGGUGUGCAGGCCAAGAUGAAGAAAUUGCAUGAUCGGUUUGAUAAUUUCUUCUCGAAGAUUAUAGCUGAGCACCAGGCAGAGUCUGCGAAUAAAUCGAAGAAGGAUUUUCUCAGUGCGCUUCUUGCGCUUCGAAAUAAUGCUGAUGGCGAGGGCGGCCGGCUCACUGAUACUGACAUGAAGGCCUUGUUGCUGGACCUCUUCACGGCCGGAACGGACACAUCCUCCUCCACAGUAGAAUGGGCCAUGUCGGAGCUGAUCCGGCACCCACACAUAAUGGAAAAAUGCCAGCGUGAACUCGAAUCCGUGGUGGGGCGGCAGCGCAAACUGAAGGAAGCGGACCUUGAGAAGCUGAGCUACCUGCAAGCCGUGGUAAAGGAGACCUUCCGCCUGCACCCAUCGACACCACUUCUUCUGCCCCGAAUGGCGGCGGAGGCGUGCACAAUAGAGGGCUACCAUAUUCCCAAGAACGCCAGACUGAUGGUGAACGCCUGGGGCAUUCAGCGCGACCCGGCCGUGUGGACCAGGCCCCUCGAGUUCGACCCGGAACGCUUCGUUGGCAGUGAUGUUGACGUGCGGGGCACAGAUUUCGAGGUCAUACCGUUCGGUGCCGGUAGGCGCAUCUGCGCGGGCAUGACAAUGGGGAUCCGCAUGGUUCAGCUCAUGCUCGCAACGCUCAUUCACUCCUUUGACUGGUCGCUACCGGCGGGUCAGACACCCGAGAAGCUCGAUAUGGCCGAGGCUUUUGGUCUAACCCUUCAGAAGGCCCAGCCGCUCCUAGCUCUCCCUGCCCCUCGUUUGCCUCUUGCUCUCUACGACUAGAAUGUGUGCCUCUUUUAGUCUUAUAUAAUAAACGACUUUGAGUGCUAGUCUUCCAAUAAAUCAACUUUGUGUAAUUUAAUAUUUAUUGAAGGGAUCGCAAAGGAGUUAGGAUCUUGCGUAGGUAAUGAAUGGAAUUGCAAAAGUCAAUUUGACGAGGCACACUGUUCUCUUGUUGUCUACGAUUAAAGCAGUAUAGCGUUUAAAUAUGUGAUUAGCCUUCCAAUAAACGACUUUGUAUGUUCUGAAAAAAAACAAAAAAAGCAAUGUAUGUCGCCGAUGUAUAGGAUUCGUGACGCGAACGUUUAACGGCCUCGUAUGUAGUAGUUCGAGUUUUGGUUUCACAAUAGCAAUUAUAUGCUUGAUAAAUAUAUCAAGGAAUGUUUCGAAGAUUAUGCUUUACAUGAAGGAAAUAAAGGAAAUGAUUGCUCGCCCA